GUAGUUCGGAUAAGCGGUAGAAAAUGAGUGAGUGAGUGAGAGAGAUAUACGACACAGAUAUACUCUAUACGAGUUUUCGAUGCUCCAGUCCACUUGGGGGCGGAAAUGCACUAAAUACAAGCUGAAAUGAGUAGAUGAAGAAGAAGAAAGCAAAGGGGGCGGAAGUAACGUGUUUAGACACCCGGAAGCGGCAUGGACUAAGAGGUGACCUUACAGGAUAUUUAUCAAUAAUUAAAAACAAAACGAUUUUAUUGAAUGGGAUUUUGUGCGACGCGGUAAAUACUACAUUGUGUUGUUUGUUGUUUAUUUCUGUGUUUAGCUUAACGACACAUCAGGACUGAUUAGUUUUUAUUUCAGCAGAUCUUCGGUUUAAUUCAGUAGUUUAUAAAGUUAUAAAUAGAGAAUAAUGGCCGAGGCGCAUCAGGGACGAAUGCAGAACGCGGUGGAGGAGAUGGUGCAGAACCUGGAGAGGGAUCACAUUAGGACCAUGCAGGGCCGGAUGUUCCGGUGCAGUGCAGAAUGCUGUGAGCGUAAAACUGCCUCUAUGAGUCAGGUUCAUGAGUGUAUAGAGCGCUGUCACACACCUCUGGCUAAAGCGCAGGGACUCGUCACUAGUGAACUGGAAAAGUUUCAGGAUCGUCUGACACGAUGUACAAUGCAUUGCAAUGAUAAAGCCAAAGACCUGUUUGACUCGGGGGCGAAGGAUCCAGCUGUGCGUGCUCUUAUGGAUAAGUGUGUAGGCAGCUGUGUGGAAGAUCACCUCAACCUGCUGCCCAGCAUGACACACAGACUGAAGCAGAACCUGGAGUCUAUACCACAGUGAGCAGUCAGCUUUUACAACACUAUCAGUGAUGAAAAUGUGAAGGAUCACACGUUCAACUGAAAGCCAGAGCUUUAUGUUGGUCAUCAUCAGCGUUACCGCCUCAACUGCUCGUUUUUGUAUGGACAAUAAAAACAAUUAUUGUGACGUUAAACAAAACUGGUUGUUUGACUUUGUCUUAAAGGUACCCGAAAUAUUUUGAAUGAAAUUAGUUUUUUUUUUUUUCCUGAAAUAAGAAUUAUAACACAAUUUAUCCAAACAUUUGUUAAAUUUUAAGCUUAAAAACAAAGUCCUGAAGUAGAAAGCAGAAAUCUGAUCACACGUAAUUUUGUCUUUUUGUCGAUUUAUUAGUCGGUUGUUCGCAUAAGAAAUGAAUGUGUUCCUGAAAAUCCAGGUAGUUGGAAAAACA